AUAAUAUAGUUCGCGUCAAAGAGAAAAGAGGUUGAGUCUGGUUUACGCCAAACUCUCUUCUUUCUUUCUUUCUCUGGUUUUUUUUAUCAAACAUCAAACUUCUCCCAUUACUAUAAAGAAGCCACCCUUUUCCCUCUUCUCUCUCUCCUCAAACCUCAAACACUUCUUUUUUUCUCCUCUUUUUCUGUUUCUCACUCUUCUUUCUUGUUUUCUGAUGAAAAAAUUAUAACAAGAUGUACUAAACAUGUGUUUCUAGGAACUUGUAACUUUUCAAAACAACCAACAAACCCCUAUAAAUAUUGAGCAAGCAAACUCUUUCUUAUUCAGUUUUUGUUUUUUAUAACAGUAAAUUCAAAUUCCUUUGAGUUUACUGUUACAAAAAAAAAAAAAAAAAAAAGACUCAAUUUUUGAGGAAUGGAAAGGAUGAAUUUUGUGAAAAAUGGGGUGCUGAGAUUGCCACCAGGUUUCAGAUUUCAUCCAACAGAUGAAGAGUUGGUUGUACAAUACUUGAAAAGGAAGGUUUUUGCUUGUCCUUUGCCUGCUUCCAUUAUUCCUGAAGUUGAUGUUUGCAAGUCUGAUCCUUGGGAUUUGCCUGGCGAUAAAGGGCAAGAGAGGUACUUUUUCAGCACAAGGGAAGCUAAGUACCCAAAUGGGAACAGAUCAAACAGGGCAACUAUGUCAGGGUAUUGGAAAGCUACUGGCAAAGACAAGGCUGUUGUUGCUGGUGCUAAGAACAACCACCACAACAUCAACAACAGCCCACUUAUAGUUGGGAUGAAGAAAACACUGGUUUUUUACAGGGGAAAACCUCCAAAUGGUUCAAGAACUGAUUGGAUUAUGCACGAGUAUCGCCUCGUAGACUCGAAUCAAACUCAAACCAAUCCACAAGCACUGAAUUCCCCUCUCAAAAGGGGUCUAGUGCAGAAAACAGGGGAAGCAACAGGAGAUUGGGUGUUAUGCAGAAUUUUCCUGAAGAAAAGGAACAAUGCAGCAACCAAGAAUGAUCAGGAGGAAGAAGAAGGGGUUAUUUGUGAGGAAGAGGAAGCCAUUGUUAAAAACAAACGGAUUGGAAACCCAGUUUUCUAUGAUUUCUUGGCAAGAGACAGUGGAGGUGUUGCUGCUGCAGCAGACUUGAACCUCCCUGCUCCGUGUUCAUCGUCUUCGGGAUCGAGUGCAGUCACUGAUGAUGACGGUCACGACAACGCUAAACACCAUCGAAUUAAUGAUAUCGAUUCAUCGGAAGAACGCGAUGACAGCAGCAGUAGCUGCAAUAGCAUCUCAUAUCUUAGAAGAGAACUUUAACCCCCCCUAAAUUAGCAGUUUUUUAUUUUAAUGAUGUAUCAAGUUUCAAGUAACAACUAGUACUAGUAAAAUAACCAAUCUUUUAAGUUCAAAAGUUUCAUGUUCUUUUUUAAUUUUAUUUCAAUUAACCAAGUUUUAGAGUUUUUUUAAUGUCAUGAAUGUCCAACAAAGAGAACCAAACUUACAAGAAGAGAAGAAAUUAAUGGUUAAAAAGAUGUAUGGAUAUUAUUGGCAAUUGGCAAAUUUCAUAAGUAAUGGGCAGUUGUAAGAGAAAAGAUGUGGCAAUGUCAAUUAAAUUGAAUUGAAA